AUGGCUUCUAUCUCUCAUCUUUCUUUCGUGUCCUCAGUCAAUAAUUUCUGUCCCAACUCCAUCACUCUCCCUUCUUCUUCCUUGCAUCCAUUUCAACAGUUCCAAUCCCCAAAAAUUACGAGAGUGAGAUGCAGUGGAAAUAAGAAUAAUGAAACACCAAAAGCUUCUGAAGAAGAAGUUGCAGAUAUUGUAGGAAAUAGGAGGAAGGUUCUGGUUGGUCUAGGAGGGCUUUGUGGGGCUGUUACUCUGAAUAACAAUCCUUUUGCCUUUGCGGCUCCGAUUGCCCCACCGGAUCUAAGCACAUGCGGCCCAGCAGACCUACCUGGAGGUGCAAAACCCACCAAUUGUUGUCCUCCAUCUUCUAAAAUCAUCGAUUUCAAGUUUCCUCCCUCUAACCAACCCUUGCGGGUGAGACCAGCCGCACAUUUGGUCACUGACGACUAUCUAGCCAAAUACAAAAAAGCCGUUGACCUCAUGAAAAAGCUCCCAUCUAAGGACCCACGUAAUUUCAUGCAGCAAGCCAACGUCCAUUGUGCUUAUUGCGAUGGUGCAUAUCACCAAGUUGGGUUCCCUGACCUUGAUCUGCAAGUCCACAGCUCUUGGCUCUUCUUUCCCUACCAUCGAUGGUAUCUCUAUUUCUAUGAAAGGAUCUUGGGUAGCUUGAUCAAUGACCCAACCUUUGCCCUUCCAUUUUGGAACUGGGAUGCUCCCGGGGGUAUGAAACUUCCUUCCCUUUAUGCACAACGUAAAUCACCUCUCUAUGACCCUCUUCGCAAUCCUAAUCAUCAACCACCAACCCUCGUCGACCUUGACUUCAACAACGAUGAUCCUGAUGCCGCAGGAAGCAUCUCCUCCAACCUUUCCAUAAUGUAUAGGCAAGUUGUGUCUAAUGGGAAGACUCCCACAUUGUUCCUUGGCAAUGCUUACCGUGCUGGAGAUGAACCUGACCCGGGUGGUGGAUCCGUAGAGAAUGUUCCACAUGGCCCCGUUCAUGGAUGGACAGGUGAUCCCAACCAGCCCAACAACGAGAACAUGGGGACUUUCUAUUCGGCCGCAAGAGACCCCAUUUUCUAUUCUCAUCAUUCCAAUAUUGAUAGGUUGUGGUCCGUAUGGAAAACACUUGGUGGGAAAAGAAGGGAUUUCACCGACUCGGAUUGGUUAGAAUCCGGGUUUCUCUUCUACGACGAGAAUAAGAACCUUGUGCGUGUGAAGGUUAAGGAUUGUCUUGACACCAGAAAACUAGGGUAUGUUUACCAAGAUGUUAACAUCCCAUGGUUGAAUUCCAAGCCCACACCGCGUAAGUCAAGGGCUCGGAAUGCAGCACUGGCACAAAAUUUUGGUGUUGGUGCAGCACAUGCUGCUGAGACUUCAAGGAGUGUGAAGUUUCCACUGGUGUUGGAUUCAGUUGUGAGAACAAGGGUUAAAAGGCCGAAUAAGUCGAGAAGCAAGAAAGAGAAGGAAGAGAAGGAAGAGGUUUUGGUGAUUGAAGGGAUCGAGUUUGAUAGAAACAGAGCUGUCAAAUUUGAUGUCUUUAUUAAUGACGAAGAUGAUACGGAGAUCCGACCAGAUAAUACAGAAUUUGCAGGAAGCUUUGUGAGUGUGCCUCACACGCACCAACACAAAAACAAGAAUAUCAAAACUUGUUUGAGGCUUGGACUUACGGAUUUGUUAGAAGAGUUGGAAGCGGAAGAUGAUGACAGUGUUAUGGUGACGCUGGUUCCCAGGUAUGGGAAAGGACAAGUCACAAUCACAAACAUCAAAAUAGUUCUCAUCGCAGAUUGAAAAACAUUCAACAAAAUCAGCUUUUCCCAGAUUAAUCUCAGGAGAAGCCUUGCAUAUCCACAUAUAUAUGAUUGUGACUUUGUAUUAUGGAUUUAACUUUGUAUUUUAAUUGUCUAUCCUUUGCUGUUUAACUGUUAUAUGUAUGAAAACACUUGAUGAGUAAAAUAAUGUUUUCAUUGUCCUUU